GUUUAUGAUCUUGCUGCAGAAAGAUCUCUGGUGGCUUUUAAAGGAGGAGGAGCUGGAUCAGAUAUCAGCGUGUUAGAUGCAGAUGUUGGGCAGGAAACCAGUGGAGCUGAGUUUAACGGCUACGAUGACGUCAUGGGGCGUGUUGAUGUUUAGUGUUAGACACGCGGUUGUUUAAUAGAGACGUUAUAAUACAAUUGGAUUCAUGCGGAUUUUAAAGUAACGCGACAAAUAGAAGACAAUGUUUUGCUAAAAGUUGGUUUAUGGUGUGUGCGUGUGUUUAUUUAUAUAUAUGUUUUUUUUUUUAUUUUUUUUUUUUGAGACAAAGCUCCUCCUCUCAGCUCCACCUUUUUCUUCCGGGAAACCGUCUCAGCGAGUUCUCGGUUUCUCUCCACCAGAAAUACUUAUUCUGCUUAAAUCAGAGCCAAAGUUCUCCUCUAACCCUAACGGAGACUUAACAGAGUUUAAUGUUAAAGUUAAACUCUGUUCUCUGCUGUUCCUCAGAGGAUUCUGUUAAACUCUGAUUAAACUCGCUGACUUCCUUCAUGAGGAAAUGGCUGCUCCUCUGACUGCGCCCUUCCUCUGGACUCUGAUGGUCUGCAGCUCCUUCAUGCUAGUUUCUGCUGAUCAGACAAUCCUCAGAGUUGAUUCCGGAGUAACCGUCACUCUGCCAUGUAGAGUUCCUGGAGACGGAACUGUUAGAGCUGCAGAGUGGAGGAGAGCUGAUCUGGUGUCAGGUCAAUAUGUUCUUUUUUGGAGGAACAACAAGGUUGAUAUAGAGGCUUCGUGUCCUUCCUUUAGGAACCGUGUAGAUGUGCAGGACGUGAAGAAUGGAGACGUGUCUUUGGUUCUGAAGAACGUGACUACUGCUGAUAGAGGAACAUAUGAGUGCAGGGUUACAGUAAAUAAACUCAAGAGGAGAUCUGUUCAGGACACGAACACCCCCAUCAGCACCGUUGGCCUGAUUGUUGAUCCAGUUCAUAGACCCAUCACAGCUGAAUCUGGAGGAAUCGCCAUUCUGCCAUGUAGAGCUCCUGAGAACGAUGUUGAUGGAGACGUAGAGUGGAGCAGAGCUGAUCUGGAGUUCAGUCAAUAUGUUCUGAGGUACAAGGACAAGAAGGUGGAUCAUGAGGCCCAGUGUCCAUCCUUUAGAAACCGGACAAAUCUACAGGACAGGAAGAAUGGAAAUGUGUCUUUGGUUCUGAAGAAAGUGACGACUGCUGAUACAGGAAUAUAUGAGUGUCGAGUCAUUCAGAGAGGAAAUAGCUGCAUGAGGACAUCCAUUCUGGACACUGACCCUCUCAGUGUCAUUAACCUGAGAGCUGAACCAGUUCGGACAACCAUCACAGCUGAAUCUGCAGGAACCGUCAUUCUGCCAUGUAGAGCUCCUGAGAACGAUGUUGAUGGAGACGUAGAGUGGAGCAGAACUGAUCUGGAGUUCAGUCAAUAUGUUCUGAGGUACAAGGACAAAACGUUUGAUCAAGAGGUCCAGUCUCCAUCCUAUAGGAACCGGGUGGAUCUGCAGGACAUGAAGAAUGGAGACGUGUCUCUGGUUCUGAAGAAGGUGACGACUGAUGAUACAGGAACAUAUCAGUGUCGAGUCAUUCAGAGAGGAAAGAGCUGCAGGAGGACAUCCAUUCAGGUCACUGACCCUCUCAGUGUCAUUACCCUGAAUGUUAAACCAGGUGAGUCUGUUUGUCUCUGGAUCAGAACCUCCAGCAGCUUCCUGGUUGCUGACGUCAGAGAGAAACAUCUCAGAUCAGAUGUUGGUGUUUUCUAAGCUGUUCCUCCAGGUCUGCAGCUUCUGAGCUUUAGAUGGACAGAAACAAACACUUCAGUCAUCCAUGGUCUCCAGAUCCUGAAGAACUGAGAUCUGAUGGUUCAUUUUUCACCUAAAGCUGCUUUAGAAACAUAUUAGAAACAUAAUAAGGUUAGAUUGAUUAGAACUAUAAGCAUCUGUUGGUGUCUUUCAUCCUCUCAGCAGCAGCUUUAGAGAACAAAUGCAAAACUUUUUAAAUAUAACUCAUGAAUUAAUAUUUGCUGAUUCAACUAAUGGAAACUGUCAGACAAACCUGUUGUACCUGAGCCUAUUUGACCCAAUAUUAGUCCUUUCAAUUAAAUUUAACAAGUGCAGCUAAUAGGCCUCAGCAGAACUGACACCCACUUAUCGUACUCUAGAGAUUUUACAUCCACUAGCUGAGAAAAAAUGUCCAAAUCAAACUUACUAGAGUGGGUGGGAUUAAAAAAAAGAAGAGAAAACGAGGAAAAAACAAAUAAAAUAGUCAAAAAUAAAAUAUAAAACCUACACGGCAGCUGUAGAUGAAGGACCCUUGGAAACGAGAAGAGAGUUGUGAAUGAGUGAAAGAGAUUAGGAAACCAGUUGAGAACAGAGCCAGAAUCACUGUAACUCCAGCAAGAGAAGUUUCUGAGUUUUUUUUAGUUUUAGGAGGAUCAGUUUUUCAGUUUUUCUCCAUUAAAGUUCUUAAUUCCUUUAAACAAAACAUCCUCUUUAUCCCCUACAGGGACCUAUGACAUGACUCCAGGAGGGAGUUAAAACUAUUUCACCAUAAAAUCUCAGAACCUGCCUCUGUUUUAUUACCCAGUCAAGAACCAUAAACUUUAUUCAAGAAUGGAGGGACACUUAUUAAAAAAAAACUCCAAGAGACGUAUGUUAUCAGAAAAGGAUCAAAUUUAUUAAAGAUCAGUUAAAAGAUAUUAAAAAUCUGAGAUGAAAGCGGCUAAGAACACAUGCUAAAUAUCAACGAAGUAUUUAUAUGUAUCAGAGUAAAUAUGCAUGAUUAACAUACAGGUGAUCUUUGUAAUCUUUGAGUAAAGGAGAGAAAGUCUUUCAUCCAUGGGCUAAAGUUCUCCGUCUCUGCGACGGAUUUCCAUCAAUUGGAAAAUGAGAGCAAAGAAUACAGAUCAACUUGGUUACGUUUAGACUUAUUAUCCAAGGUUUUAAACUGAAGCUUUUCACAACCAAAGAAACCUGGCAGAGGCGGGACAUUAGCCAAUCAGAACGAGAGUAGGGCGGGUCUUUGUCAAGUGUACAUCUGCCAGGGUGAGGUUUGUCAGUGUUACAUCAUUUUAUCUUUUGGAAGAGCAUCUCAAACUGAGCACAGAUGGCAUGAACCACAGCAGUGGUGGUCAAAGGUUUUCUUUGGAUUUAUAAGAACCAGGAAGUCAG